AUGCGGAGCGACACUGAUGGUAAUCGUUCUUCUCGCGUGACCUCAUCAUCCUUCACUGAACAAGGCCACCACUACCCUCAACCUAUAUCGGAGUGGCACAAGUGGGCCAUUGUCUGGAUUGUCUGUACAGGCAGUAUGUGGGUGACAUGCACCAGCUCGAUCUAUACCACAACAUACACGCAAAUGAACGCUGAGUUGACCAGCACAAGCUUUAUAUCCACUCUGGGACUGUCGUCUUUUGUCCUAGGAAUUGCUCUAGGUCCGCUGCUCACAGGCCCCUUGAGCGAAGCCUACGGUCGGAGGCCCAUGUACCUGAUCUCCCGGUCAUUGUUCAUUGUCUGGAUGAUCCCAUCUGUUGUCACCAUACAUAUGGCAUUGAUCAUUGUAUCCCGCCUUGUCCAGGGUCUCGCCGGCGGUACCUUUUUGGCCGUUGCAGGGGGGACCGUAAGGGACCUAUUCUCACCAAACGAGAUUCAGAAGCCGAUGGUCAUCGUUUCCUGUGCGCCUUUCAUCGGGCCCUCGUUGGGACCAUUGGUCGGAGGCUUUAUCAACUACUAUCUGCACUGGAGGUGGACAUACUACGUUGUCCUCAUUUGGUCAUUACUUCUGCUCAUUGCGAUAAUCGUUUCGGCGCUAGAAACGAACUCUUUGGUCAAACCUCGCAAUAAACGUGCAAAGCUAGACUCGAAUUUGGGAAAUGAACGGCCUACGGCACAGUUAGGGACAGCCCCGCGCUCGACUGGUCGGCUUCUUGUACAGUCCCUUGUUCGCCCAUUUCAACUGCUGUUCUUCGAACCAAUGUCGUUUCCGCUGGUCUUCCGUACCACGCAUGGGAUGAAUUUCUGGCAGAUCGGGCUGACUUUCCUCGGUAUCAUCACGGGGAUGCUGAUGGGAGCGGCCAGUAACCCACUUUGGAUCAAGAUCCGUGAGCGUCUGAUACAACGUCAUCAAGAGGACGGAAGCGGUGAGCCAGAGUAUAGGCUGCCCCCAGCGAUUCUAGGGAGUAUUCUGAUUCCCGCUGACCUCUUCUGUUUUGGCUGGACAAUCUACCCCAGUUUUCACUGGAUACUCCCUAUCAUGGGGUCCGCCGUCUUCGGUUGUGGCAUGGUACUCACAUUCAUCGGCAUUUUCACAUUUCUGGUGGACGCUUAUCCCCAAUAUGCUGCCUCCGCACUUGCAGCUAAUGGUUUUGCAAGAUGCUCGUUCGCAGCUGCCUUCCCGUUGUUUGGGGUCCAAAUGUAUGAGAAACUUGGGUAUCAAUGGGCCACCAGUCUUCUCGCAUUCCUCAUGGUUUUUAUGAUGCCGUUGCCGUGGCUGUUUUUCAAGCAUGGCAAAAUGCUAAGGAAGAACAGCCGAUUCGGGCCACCCUAA